AUGCCAUGGCCCUGGUCGGGCGGCGACGAUGAUGACGACGAGAAGAAGACCAAUGUCUCCGCCCGCAUUGCAAAGCUCCAGUCAGAUGAUUGGGCGAGUGCGCUUACUGAUCCCGCGACAAUUGGCACAUCGCUUGCGUUGACAGCUUCCACUGUAGCAGCUCUACGAUUCUACAAAUCCUACUUGCGCCGCAUACCAAGCGUGAACCACAUUAAGCCAAAUUACUUCCGACGAAGAAGCCUGUUCGGUCAAGUCACCAGUGUCGGUGAUGCAGACAACUUCAGGCUGUUCCACACACCGGGUGGGAGGGUAGCUGGAUGGGGCUGGUUACCCUGGAAGAAAGUACCCACGACGCGCGAAGGAUUGGCAAAGAAUACUAUACACGUCCGCAUUGCUGGUGUGGAUGCACCCGAACUGGCUCACUGGGGCAGAGAAGCACAGCCAUAUUCUCAAGAAGCGCUAGACUGGCUCACAGCAUAUAUUCAUAACCGACGUGUUCGAGUGCACAUAUUCAGACGCGACCAGUACGACAGGGUUGUGGCUCAGGUCACUGUGCGCAGGUGGUUUCGUAACAAAGACGUCGGACUAGAGAUGUUAAAGAAUGGGCUAGCCACUGUCUAUGAAGCGAAGACAGGGUCUGAGUUUGGAACGUCCGAACAAAAAUACCGUGACGCCCAGAAGAAGGCCGAAGAGCAAAAGGUCGGCAUGUGGACGAAGCCGAACCUCCUUGGACGAUUACGAGGCGAGACUGCGAAGAAGGCAGAAACGCCAAGGGAAUACAAACAGAGGCAUGCGGCAGCUGAGAAGCAGAAGAAGACAGGGUGA